AUGUUCACUGGGCUAGUUGAGACAAUCGGGACCGUCACGGCCCUAGAGCCCCUCGAUACCUCCCAGAGCGGGGGCGGGGGUACCUCGCUCACGAUCUCCGACUGCGAGAGCAUUCUGGGGGACGCGCACCUGGGGGACAGCAUUAGCGUCAAUGGUACCUGCCUUACCGUCACUGAGUUCGACAAGACCUGGUUCAAGGUCGGCGUCGCACCGGAAACAUUGCGCCGAACCAACCUGGGCUCGUUGCAGCAAGGCUCAUUCGUCAACCUCGAGCGUGCAGUCUCAGCGGAUACCCGCAUGGGCGGACAUUUCGUGCAGGGCCACGUUGAUACUACUGCGACCAUCCUUUCCGUAACGCCUGAUGGCAACUCCCUCGUCUUCCGGCUUCAGCCGCGCGAUCGGGGCAUCCUUCGCUACGUCGUGGAAAAGGGCUAUGUGACCUUGGACGGCGCCAGCUUGACUGUCACCAAGGUGGUGGACGGUCCGGACGGGUUCUGGGAGGUCAUGCUCAUUGCCUACACGCAGGAAAAGGUGGUGACCGCGGGCAAGAAGGCUGGCGAGGAGGUCAACGUCGAGAUCGAUAUUGUGGGGAAAUACGUCGAGAAGAGUGUUCAGGGCUACUUUGCCGGUACCGCGGGGGGAGACUUUGCGGUCCUUGAGAAGAUGGUGGCACGCAUUGUCGAGGAGAAGUUACAAAAAUAA